AUGCGUUACGGUGCACCAGCAGCGGUGCUCUCAGCUACUGCUUUAUUAUCUGGAGUAUAUGCGAAUAACAAUGAACAAUCUAUCUUGAGCGAUGAUAGCUCUGCUACUGCUUCUGCCCAGCCUGCUAGCUCCUCGCCUUCCAUACCGAUAUUUACCCCAACCACAAUAAAAGCUGCUUUUGUCGAACAGUUCGUAGAUGGAUGGGAUAAGAUUUGGAAGCCAUCUCACGCAAAGAAAGAUCUCAAAGGCGCAACUAACAAAGAUGAAGAGUGGGCCUACGUUGGAGAAUUCUCCGUUGAGGAGCCUACCGUAUUCAAGGGGAUGGAAGGAGAUAAGGGAUUGGUCUUAAAAACUCAAGCUGCUCAUCAUGCAAUCUCUGCACAAUUUCCUAAAAUUGAUAACAAAGGCAAAACUUUAGUUGUCCAGUAUGAAGUUAAGUUACAAGGGGGCCUUGAAUGUGGUGGUGCGUACAUGAAGCUACUCCGUGAUACUAAAACGCUUCGUCAGGAAGAAUUUUCCAACGCUAGCCCGUACGUGAUAAUGUUUGGCCCUGACAAGUGUGGCGCCACCAACAAGGUACAUUUGAUUAUCAAUCACAAAAACCCUAAGACAGGUGAAUAUGAGGAGAAACAUCUCAAGGCUCCACCACCAGCCAGAAUCACUAAGACAACAGAACUCUACACUUUGAUUAUACACCAGAAUAAUACUGGCGUAAUUAAACUCAACGACGAGCAAGUUAAGGAAUUUGAUCUUCUUGAGGACUUCGAGCCCGCGUUUUCUCCCCCAGCCGAGAUCGAUGAUCCAAAAGAUAGUAAACCCGAAACUUGGGUUGAUGAGCAGCGUAUUCCCGAUCCUUCUGCCAAGAAGCCAGAAGACUGGGACGAAGACGCACCAUUCGAGAUUCCAGAAGAUUGGGACGAUGAAGAAGAUGGAGAUUGGGUGGCACCAACCGUGAAUAACCCCAAAUGUGAUGAAGUCUCCGGUUGCGGACCUUGGACGAAACCUAUGAUGAAAAAUCCCAAGUACAAAGGAAAGUGGUCUGCACCACUAAUUGAAAAUCCAGCCUACAAAGGCCCAUGGUCACCACGCAAGAUAAAGAACCCUGCAUACUAUGAGAUUAAAAACCCGGCAAAUCUUGAGCCGAUUGGAGCAAUUGGAUUUGAGCUCUGGACUAUGCAAAAAGACAUCCUAUUUGACAACAUAUUUAUUGGCCACAACGUAGCUGAUGCUCACUCUUUCGCAGAUGAAACUUUCCACGAAAAACAUCCUCAUGAACAACUCUUAGAACUUGCAGAUAAAACCAAGGACUCUCCUCUCAAACCAGCUGGCGACUCUGACCUCAAGAUUACGGACAACCCUAUUCUUUACAUUCGCCAAAAGUUUGAUCUUUUCUACACGCUAGCUCAAAGAGAUCUGAUACAAGCCAUUACACUGGUGCCUGAGAUUUCUGGGGGAAUAUGUGCCGUAGUCGUUACACUAAUAGCUCUCAUACUUGGUAGCUUUGGACGAAGUAGCCCUUCUAGUACCGUCUCAAAGGAUAAAAAGGUCGCCGGGAAGAAAAUGCCAUCAGACGAAUCAGAAAAAACCACGGACACCGACGCAACAACUAAAGUUGUGGACGUCUCGAAGAAAGAUCAAAAUUCGAAUUAA